AUGCAGCUCACCGGACCGUCGCUCGUUGCCGUCGCCACCGGCAUCGUAGGCUCUGCCUGGGCCUCUGGCGCCAUUGCCUCGAUAACCUUCAUCGGCACCUCGGCCGCCAUCGACGUGCCCGAGACGACGGCGCGCACCUGGCGGGAGCUGUUCCGCCGCGGCGCCAACCUGAUGCCCAAGGUCGCGGCCGCCGUGACGCUGGCCUACGGCUACGCGGCCUACGACGCGCACCGCGCGGGCGGCGUCUGGGGCGGGUACGCCGCCGCGGCAGGCUUCGUCAUCUCCAUCGUACCCUUUACCGUCCUCGUCAUGCGCUACACAAACACCUGCCUGCACAAGAUGGCCGAGGGCCGCGACGAGACCAAGACGUGGAACCUGCGCGCGCUGCUGCAGCGCUGGAACAUGCUCAACCUUACCCGCAGCUGCCUGUGCCUCAUCUCCAGCGUGCUCGGCAUGGUCACGAUGGUGCAGAAUAUCAGCUAG